UGCAUGCGCGUAUGCAUGUUUACAUACGUGUGAGAAAGAAAGAAAGAAAGAAAGAAAGAAAGAAAGAAAGAAAGAAAGAAAGAAAGAAAGAAAGAGACUCUGAAUGUGUGUGUGUGUGUGUGUGUGUGUGUGUUUAUUUCACUCUGAAACAUACACAUAUACACAUAAUUUGAUUUCCUGUUAGACUGCAAUUUAUAUAACAACCAUACACGUUAAUUCAGAGAACUCCCAUAUUUUUCAAUAACAGCUGAAAGGAUUUCAAAACUGGUUUCACACAGUAGACCAUUAAUGCAACCCUAAAAAUAUUUCUGAAUAGAGAAUUUUUUGACUUCGUUUUGUUUUUUUUUUUAAGAAAAAAAAAAAGGCCUAUAAUAUUUCACUGAAAAUAUCUGCAACUUCAGAUAACUCUUUCUUACUCAACUUCCAGCUGAAAUAUGGAUUCUAAGAAAAUAAGCAUUCUUGGCACAGGAGAUUUUGCUCGAGCAUUCGCUUUGAGAGCUUUCAAGUGCAACUAUGAUGUGAUCAUGGGAAGUCGAGAUCCUUCAAAUCGUUCCUUAGAAGUCAUUGACAGCUAUUUCUCAGAUAUAGAGGUCGUUGAUAUUGAUAGUUGUAUAAAACAUUCUGAUAUGGUUAUUGUUGCCAUUCGACCGCUUCACUAUUCAACAUUGUCUCAGUUUAAGAAACAACUGAGAGGAAAAGUAGUAGUUGAGGUUUCAAAUGACACCAUAGAUAAAGAAAUAUCUAAUGCUGAACAAUUGUGUGAAUACACGGAUGCACGCGUCGUGAAGGGAUUUAAUGUUCUGUCAUCUUGGGCCCUCCUGUCGGAAAGUUUUGGUGGUAGUAAAAACGUUUUUAUUUGUAGUGAUGAUGUUGAAGCUAAAACAAAAGUGAUGCAGUUAACUCGAAAUAUUGGUUUCACACCCAUUGACAGAGGUAUGCUGCGUUCUGCUCGUGAUAUUGAACAUAGUGUUGCUAAAAUAUUUCCUGAAUGGAUUGCGCCAACAAUUUUUGCGUGGGUAACGUUUUUGCUAUUUACACUAUGGUCGAUUGCUAGAAUGUUUAUGAGAGAAACAAUGGACUGGAGUUCUUUCCCACUGAGACGUUUCAACCCAGCAGUUUGUACCACAGCCAUUUUCCUCCUAGCUUGUUGCUAUCUACCGGGAGAGCUGGCGGCAUUUUUCCAGCUCUAUUACGGUAACAAAAUAAAACGAUUUCCUAACUGGUUAGAUCGCUGGUUGAAAUCACGAAAACAAAUAGGUCUGUGGGCAUUUUUCUUCGCCACAUUUCAUAUGAUUAUAUCAGUUCUGAUAUUGGCUUCCGGUAAUCCUCACAAUUUUUUCGUAGUUGCGAAAUACAAAGAAUAUGACUUAGAAGGAAAUAUUACUGUUAAAGUUCCUGACCGCUAUUCAUUUUACAAGCAUGGCGAAAUUAUGUUAUUGGCCGGUGUUGUCACAUAUUUAUCUAUGGCCAUUUUAGCUGUUUCUACGAUACCUUCCAUAUUAGAACGUUUGAAUUGGCACGAGUUCGCUCUAAUACAAUCUUACCUCGGCUACUUUACUUUAGCUGCUGGUAUUGCACACGUUCUAAUAUACGGGGCUCCUUGGUGGAUUACUUUGACAAAACCAUUCGUUUUGUUUCGAUCUUUUACUUUUAUUUCCAGUAUACUUCCACUUACUGUUAUUUUUUUCAAGAUUAUUUUAUUACUACCGUGUGUGUUUUGGCCUCUUCGGCAAAUACGUGCUGGCAAUGAAGCCAAUUUUCUUUGGCAAAAAAAGAAAAAAUCUAAGAAAUAUUUUAUUAAUCACGAAGCAGUCACUUCAGUUUAAUGGCAACAACAAUAAAAGCAGAAUUAACUAAGAGACUUUAUUCCAUAUAGAGCAUAGAUAUGUAAGGGUUAUAAAAUUGUCUGCAUGUAAUCAUGGUAGAUUCAGUGAGUAGAUUACGCUUAUACAAAUAAACGCCUUAGUAUGCAUGACUUCAAAAUCUUUGUUCAUAUCACGACUGUAUUUACUCAUCAUGUUGUCGAAAUAAAUCUUAAAAUAAUCAUUUGAAUUAUACGGAACGAGCUAUUGGGCUGACUGGACAUUGAACCUGUUUUGGUGACAGCACUUUUUAGCGCUGAAGGCAAUCAUACAUACGCGUGCGCGCACAGAACUAUACAAAUAGAAAGAGUGAGAGAAGAGGAGAGUAACAGAGACAUCACAAUUUAUUAACGGAAUAUGAUUGAUAUUAACACUUUCCCCUCUUCUCAUACGCAUAGGAAAAUAUGCUCAUACGCAUAAACAGAGAGAAACAUUGAAACGUCUGAUAUCAAAUAAGUCAGUAUCGAAUCAGCGACGCCUAAUAAGUGGCCCCAAAAUGACUGUGCCAAUAAGUCUCAUACCCUAAAUAUAUUAAUUAUAUAAAUGAUGUACAUAUCGUGACGUUUUAUAUUAAAUGUAUUUCUUUUCUAA